AUGAAUAUCCAAUUGUACGGCGACAAUGAGUACGAGAAGCUCAUCAAGCCCAUAAUGACAACCGGGCGGAUAAUUUCUAUUUGGCCGCUGGCCGAAGACAGCAGCAGAAGUUCGGUGCUUUUCAGGACGUUCCAUCUGUCCUGUAUGUUCUUCUUGGUGGUCGUGAUGUCGGUCGCAGUGACGGCCGACGUGAUUCAUAAUCUGAAUGACCUGGACGAGGCGACCGAGUGCGCCCUAAUUUGUACAGCGUUUUACCUUUGCGUCGUCCGGUUGCUGGUUUACACCGCCCAUCAGAAAGACAUGCUGUACGUGGUGAACACGAUGCGGGAGGACUGGACCAUGUCCACGUACGAGGACAGGCUGAUCCUGGCGGAGAAAACGAUGUUCGCUUUUCGGCUGGCCAAGUACUUCAUUACCACCGUGGCUGUGACCAUCGUUAUGUUCAUGUGCGUUCCGCUUCUGGAAAUCUACGUGGCGGGAAAGGAGAAAACGCUUCCGUUUCGCGGCUACUUUUUUGUCAAUUACACCGUGUCGCCGAUUUUCGAGUGUCUAUACUUGUUCAACGUGACUGCCGGCGGCUUCGGCGGAAGCAUGAUCGCCGGCGCGACCAGCUUCAACUUGAUAGUGAUAAUGCACGGAUCGGCGAAAUUCGCUGUUCUGCGGAAGAGGCUGGAGUCUCUGAACGACGAAGAUCGGGACUGUUCGUCCGCGAUGACGGACUGCAUAAUUCGCCAUCAGCGAGCGAUAGAGUACGCAGAUGCGCUGGAGAGGAUCAUAAAUGUUCUGGCUUUGGGGCAAUUCAUCAUUAGCACCGGCAUGAUCUGCUUCGCGGGAUUUCAGAUCACCUCGAUGAUGGAGGAUAAGGGGCGGCUGAUGAAAUAUUCGACCUUCUUGAACUCCGCCAUCCUAGAGCUGUUCAUGUUCAGCUUCAGCGGGAACGGGCUGAUCGAGGAGAGCGAAGCGGUUGGCCUGUCAGCCUACAGUAGCGGUUGGUUCGGCGGCAGCUAUUGUUCGAGUUUAAUGAUCAUGAUAAUGCGAUCGACGGUGCCCAGCAAGAUAACGGCCGCGAAGUUUUAUAGUAUGUCUUUGGAGAGUUUCUCGAAGGUGCUCAGUUCGUCGUUCUCGUACUUCACGGUCCUUACGGCCACCAAAGAGGAGUAA